AUGGCAGGCUCAAAGAGAAAUCGAUUAGAAGAUGAUGAUCAGUCGCUGGAUGAUGAAAAGACAAAGCAUGGAUUCGCACCCAAGGAUUAUAACUUCAAUUUUGUGCCAAUAAUACAACCCCAUCAGAAGAUGUUUGAUUUGGAUUUACCAAAGCGAGACACAUCUACGCCACCCGCUGACCUUGGCAUCAAUACUCUAACUCAAAGAUUCAUUGCUCGUUCCAAAAAGUUUUGGAUGGAGAGCAAAAAACCAACAAGCACAAGCAGCUCCGUAUCAAUUAUCAAACCAUCUUAUGAGCCGAUGUAUCUAAGACACCGAGAUAUCUCAUACACCGUCAUCAUCUACAUGCAAAUGGCUUUCAACAUCAUCAUAUCGACUACAUUGCUCUAUAUAUUUGGCAAAAUCAUUUUAACAAUAAGGCAAGAUUUCCGACUGAAAGCAGAAGAAUACACUGAAGCCCUGCACAAGGAAAAACUGGCUUGUACAAACAACUACAUCAUCAAUCAAUGUGGCCAGAAUGAUCGCAUCCCAGCUAUUGAGGACAUGUGCAACGAAUGGGCAGCAUGCAUGAACAGAGACAAAGUGGUCGCACAGGCCAAGGUAUCUGCCGAAGCCAUUGCAGAGAUUAUAAACAGCUUUGUUGAGCCCAUCUCCUACAAAACAUUGAUCUUUUUCUCAUUGUUGACAUUGGGCACGCUUGUAUUCUCAAAUGUAGCAUUCAGCAUAUUCAAACGAAACUACAAGCCAACUCGUGCUAUUCAAUAA